CCAAAUAUUUUGGUCCCAUCCCUGGGGUUGAGCCAUAUUUUAUAGAAAAGGUGAAUGAAGAUUAAAGGAAAAGGAGAAAGGAACCAAAUAUUGAGAUAAAGCAACAAUAAAACCAUCUAGAAGAAGAUCCUAUAUAACUACCUGUUAUACUCAUCAAGAGUAGCCAUAGCUUGCUUUGGUCCAAAGCUAAAUAGUUCAUCUCCUAAUUCCCUACUUUUGCUCUUUUAGUUCUCUCCUGUUCCAACAGGCAAUACAGAAAAGGAAAGACUAGUGAGAUCAAUAACAAAAAAUGAAGAUUGCUUUCUUUUCUUGUCUCUCUAUCCUGUUAUGCAUUCUAACAGUAACAAGCAGGGCUUCUGAGAUUUCCGAUAUAUCUGACAACAAAGAUGUCCAUGUAUCGAAACAUCUUGCUAGUGCACCAGAAAGAAGCAACGAGAGUACAGUUGCAGACAUAAGUGGCAACACUGUUAAGUUUGAGUUAGCAAGCAAGGAUUUUAUAGCAGAUGUUGAGAAAAAUCAGAGAGGAAAGGGAGCAAAUGGGGGUGGAAGUAUUACUCGUCAGCCACGUACUAAAAGUUCAGCUGUAAUGCUAAAGCGGCCCUCCAUCUCCAUGUCAACUACUUAUGUCAUUUCUAGCUUGCCUCUUCUCCUGGUUCUGCUCUUUGUCAUUCCCUAAGAUGUCCUAAAAGAUAGCUCAAGCAUUUCCCUUUCUUUUAUCAGCUAUUGUCAUUGCGGUUGUGACUUCGUGAGUAAUGUUCUGUUGGUUUGUUUUGGUAGAGUGAUAUGUCCUUUAGAGAACAGAUGUGUCGUGUAACAUGCUGAGAUUGGUGAUCU